AUGACUCUGCUGCCGGACUGGCCCGUGACUUUGUCCUCCCUGGGUGAGGCUUCCAUCUCGUACCCGCAGCAGGUCAUUCGUCAACUCUCAUCUUUAACUCUGGGAUCAUCUUCAUUACUGGGAGCAACAGGCAAAGGAAAAGAUCAUUUAUCCUCGUUUAUCGACAAUUUUCUCGUAAAUCCCACCUCUCCGCUCAGCAUCGCCGCUCUUACCCUUACAGCCAUCGUUGGAAUUCUCACUAUCGUCACAAUGAGUUGGCGGGACACCUUUGGAUUUUUCCGGCGUACGCCGUCCUACGGUUAUAACGUGCCGGCUGUACCACCGCAGGUGAGCGACAGUGAUUAUUCGUAUCUUACGAGUGACGACAUCGUUCAACCUCCUCGACCCUAUCAGCAAUCGCAUAAUGAAGGACGACGAGUGCUACGAAGAGAAAUCAAUCAUGUAGAAGACGAGUCGCCAGAUAUUCUAUUACUCAAACACCGAGGGGUGACUUAUCCUCUACACUUCCCCCCGUAUGCCAUUGACGACGGCGAUCUUACCGUUGGACAACUUCGACGUCUCGCUGCCGAGAAGACGGGAACGUCCGAUGUGAACCGAAUUAAAAUACUUUACAAGGGCAAAUUGUUGCGAGAUGAUGCCAAACCAUGUAAAGAUGAAGGUCUCAGGCAAAAUUCGGAAGUCAUGUGUGUCGUAUCCGAGGUACGACCCGGCGAAAGCACCAGCAGCUUUUCUGGUAGCGAAGCAGGCAGUCGGAGCGAAGCUUUGAGUCUGGAUAGCCGCAGCAAUCAAAACCCACCGUCUGGUGGUGGAAGUGGAAAGAAGAAGGGUAAUAAAAAGAAAAAGAAGAAACCGCAACAUCUCGCACCCGAACCGACGUUUGCAGAGACCAGAAAGACGCCCUCAAAGGAUAGCCUCGCUCCACCAUCAGAUGUCCGUCCUACUUCAGCUGGGCGUUCCUCAGCGACACCUUCGCCAGCACCAAAUUUACAACAAUUUUCCACCCCGACCGAACAAGUAGAUGCAUUGCUUCGGUAUCUACGUACAGAGUUGGCACCGUUGUGUGAAAAACAUCUUUCACAUCCACCUACGGAUCCCAAGGCGCGCAGCUAUGAACAUAAACUUCUCAACGAAACGAUCUUGAGUCAGGUUAUCCUCAAAGCGGACAGUAUCGAUUCCGAGGAAGCUCGACCAGCUCGUCGAGCGUUGAUCAAAGAGGCACAAGGGCUGUUGAACAAGUUGGAUGCACAUUGCCCUCAGGAUUCAUGA